GGCAUAAACCCUUCGCAAAACCCUCACACCCGGCCUACCUUCGUUUCCUGGCCACUGACUGAGCGUGUUAAGAAAUGGCUUGGCGCUCUGGAUCACUUUCUCGAUCGCUGAUCUCCACCGCGAGGGCUUCAUCUCUCCGGUCACCGCCACCUCUUCCCCGCAUCCGUCCUCCGCUCGUCUCCGCACCUCCUCUUCGCUCCCGCCGCCUCUCCGUCGCUUCCAGGAAUUUGGGGGAACUAGGAUGCACCCAAUCCCUUAUGCCGCUGCACAGCGUGGUAGCUGCAGCACGCCUGACAUUACAUCUGGCCGUCAACGCUCGGGCAUGUUGCGAGCUGUCUCACGGUACUUGAACAAGCUGCUGGAUCAGCACAGCUUGUGCAACAAUUUACUGAGGCAGUCAUUAGCAAGUCGGAUUAUCCUGGUUUUCUGGGAGCUUUCGGCUUUUUGAUUUGUGGAAAAAAUAAUAAAAAUAUGCUAGUCUUUUUGGUGGAACUUGGAAACUGUAGAAGAUUGAUUUGUGUCUGUAGGCUCCUCCCUUUUAGUAAUUUGUGCAUACUUUGGCCUUUCUAUAAUUCUCAACAUGUUCUUGUGUUGCCACCGUAGGCUCCUGUUUUUUAUGAGCCUAUACCAGUUCAGGGCAUUACUUUAUUUUAUUUUAUUUGCAAAUGAUUUCACAUGAAGCGCCAUUGGAAUUCGGAAA